AAAAGUAAGAGUAAAAGUAAGAGAAUCUUUUAAACUUGUGCACUUUCAUUUCUCUUUGGUUCUUACAUUUUCACUUCUUCUUCUAUUGUUUUCAUUGUUUAUGUGAUUAAUUAAUUCUAAUUAAAAUGCGACUUUAUUUUUUCUGGGUGGUUAUUGGUGUUUUUAGUUCUACUUCCUUAGCAGUUGAUCGUGAAAUUUCUCUGGAUGAUCCAUUAGAAUCUGGGUCUUUUACAAUUUUUAGCGAUUCCUCUAAUUGUAGUGGAAGUUAUGUUUGGAACAUUGUUCCUGUGGCUAAUCUAACUUCUAAUUUUGUAAAAUCAUUGGUAAUUUCUAAUUUGGCUUUGGAAGAUGGAGGUUCAUUUGUCUUGAAAUCAGAUGCUCCUAGUGGAAAUGUAUUUACUGUCGUUGGAGAAGGAACCGCGACCUUGCCUAUACUUUAUCUGGGCACUAAUGCUACUCACAUUCUCAAUUAUACCAGGGGUGGAAUUUGCUCCAAUUACUCUAGAACUUUACUCCAAGCAUCUUGGUCAAAAGUCACUAACGAUGCUUGUGCUCCUGUUGAAGUAACUGGUAAACAGUUUUUCAAAUCUUACAAUUAUCCAAACAACUAUCCAUUAAAAGAGGACGAUGGUAACACCCAAUGCCGAAGUGUUAGCUCACAGACAGCUUUUAUCUAUGUAACUUUCCAUGAUUUGGAUCUUGCUGAAGAUCAUCGUUUGGAAUUUGCUGAUAAGAAGGCUCCAGUCGUUCUCACUUCAUCAAACAUCCCUGGAGAUGCUAUUGUAUCAAAUAAAACUGUGAUUAACUUCUUGCGUUCCUUUAACCCCCAAAAAAACACCGUCAGAAACAUAACUUACAAAUUAAGCGGACGUGGAUUCAACAUGGAACUCGAGGCUUUGGACUGCGGAGGUAAAAUUGAUGAUAAACCCACUUUCCAACUUGCUCUCAACGCAACAGAAAAACCCCAAAAAUGUAUGUGGAUCAUCCGUACACCAGUGGAUAAAGAUCCAACUAUCCUUAAGGUUUUCAACUUCACCCUCUCCAAUGGCCUUGACAAUGUCAUCAUCUAUGACUCAGACACCAUUAAGAAUGAUAAACGUUUGAUUAACAUAUCUGGAGCUGAUUAUUACAACUCGACCUCUGAAACAAUUAUUGUCCAAUACACAUCAUCCAAUACUUCAGCUUAUUUAAAUUGGUCAACAAUAAUUUGUCCCGAUAAAUGUUUAAAUGGUCGUCGUUGUAUUAACCCAUCUCAACGUUGUAAUAAUGUAAAUGAUUGUGGCGAUUGGUCCGAUGAACUUCAUUGCAAUGGUACAAUCCCAGUUCCACCACCUAAAAUAGAACCAGCUAGUGGAGUUCCUGGUCUUGUUGUGGUAUUUGUUAUCAUCCCAAUCUCAUUAAUCAUUGGCAUCUUGGGAACCAUUUUCCUCCCUCGUCUUGUUGCCCGAAUCCGAGACAGACGUUACCAAGAAUUCAGAGAAUAUUCUGAUGUUUCAUAUGAACAUUUUGUUCUCACAAUUUCAGUUGUUUCUUUGUUUCUUUGUUUUCUUCCAGUGUCACUUAUUGAUAUUUUUCCAUUUGUUAAGGUGCCCGAAUUACAAUCAACCAAAACGGCUUCCAACACUUCAUCAACUUCACCUUCUGGCAUGUCCAAUACCAGAAAAGGAAAAGGCCGAGGGUUCGCCAAGAAACGAGCCCACAGAGCGACUAGUAAUGUAUUCGCUAUGUUUGACCAGGCCCAGAUUCAGGAAUUCAAAGAAGCUUUUAACAUGAUUGAUCAGAAUCGAGAUGGUCUAAUUGAUAAAGACGAUCUACAAGAAAUGUUGGCCUCUCUGGGAAAGAAUCCCGAAGAAAACUACCUGGAAGGUAUGAUGAGUGAAGCUCCAGGUCCAAUUAAUUUCACCAUGUUUUUAACACUUUUUGGGGAGAAACUUCAAGGAACUGAUCCUGAGGAUGUGAUUAAAAACGCUUUUGCUUGUUUUGAUGAGGAUAACACCGGAUUAAUUCACGAGGAAAAACUCAGAGAGUUGUUGACCACAAUCGGUGAUCGGUUCAACGAUGAAGAUGUCGAUGAAAUGUAUCGUGAAGCUCCUAUUGAUGAGGGUGGAAUGUUCAACUACACUGAAUUCACCAAAAUCCUUAAACAUGGUGCCAAGGAUAAAGAUGAUCAAUGAUCUAAAUCAAACCAACAACUAUUACAACCAUGGAACCAAUUUAUUUAAUCCAAUCAAAUCUCAGCAGAAAACAACUUUUACCAAUUUAAAAUUAAUAAUGCAACUGAACCUUUGGGAUGAAAGUGUAAUUGUUAACAAUCAGCGAUUAUAAAUGGUCUCACUAGUUGAAUCAUUUAAGAAUCGUAGUGUUUGUUUUAAUUGUUAAUGGGAAGAAAAAGAGAUGCCUUAAAAUCUUGUAUUCUCAUUAAUAUUUUCUAAUCUAAACAUGUAACAAUUAACAUUGUACUUCAAACUAAAUACAUGAAAAUGAGCGUUAGUAGUUAAGCCAUAAUUUAUAACAAAUUUCUACCUAUUUUAAUGUAUGAAUCAGAAUUAAUAUCAACAUUAUCAUAUUUGGUUAAUCGUCAAAAUGUAUUUUUGAUCAUCAAUUAACAAUAAUAAUACGAGAAUCAUUUUAACUAAA